CUCUGUCAUUUCCUGAAUCUUUUGAAAUUAUCUGAGUCCCACAGAGCAACCUUAUCUGACUUCCACCAGCCAGAGGAGCACGAGGUGUUUCCACAGGCCUCAUUAGGCCAAUUGUCUCCACUUCUCUCCUCAGAGCCAUCCCUGGAUUUGGGACGGGAUUUCAAGAAUACAAGAGUCCCCCAUGGAUUUGCCUUACUACCAUGGCCCGCUGUCCAAGAGAGACUGUGAGACCUUGCUGCUCAAGGGAGGGGAGGAUGGCAAUUAUCUGUUAAGGGACAGCGAGUCCAUGGCCGGAGUCCUGUGCCUCUGUGUCUCGUUUAAAAACUUUGUCUACACAUACCGAAUCUUCAAAGAGAAACAUGGGUAUUACACUAUACAGACCAUGGAAGGCGCUAAAAGACAGAUCUUUCCAAACCUAAAGGAACUGAUCUCCAAGUUUGAAAAACCAAACCAAGGGCUAGUGGUUCACCUCUUAAAGCCAGUAAAGAGAACCAGCCCCUGCCUGAGAUGGAGAAGAUCGAAGAUAGAUUUGGAUGGUGUUUAUGAGAACAGUAACAGUGAUUAUGUGGACGUCUUGCCUUGAAGAUAAGGAGACUGGACGAAGCACUUAUAGAAGAGAUGGGAUGACAGCUCUCACUAGCGACCCUGCUUCUUCUGCAGGUGUAAGUCUGAAAGGCCAAACUCCAGGGGACAAUUUAGACUGUCUGGUCUGAGUGAAUGAAGAUGUUCUGUCCACCAGCCUCAGACAAAUCAUUUCCCCAUCCCCACCGCUUCCCAUGCAUACACCACAAGCAGCUUUGAAACUCCUUUUCCUCGAUCACUCUUCUUUCUUGGGGUAGAACACCUUGGAUCCUUCUCCUUGACUUGUUAAAGGUGCUACCACUGCAUCACGGUUGACACCCUCCUUCCAGAUCAGGCAAUCAGGGGGGCAAGCCUCCCACAGAAGAGAGAGCACGGGCUGCUGGUUAGGAGUCUGAGUUCCAGUCCUGUGGCUAUGUGACUCCAGACAAACCUCUUCCCCUUUCUAGGCCUCCGUUUCCUCAUCUAUAAAACAAGUGGCUGGGCAGGGGGAUACACAUCUGCCAGCCCCUCUGCUGAGCCUGGUUGUGUCAGGUGGGGGUGGGGAGUCCAGGAGUGAUGAACAUGUGGGCAGCAUCAGCAGGGGAUUAGUAUCCCAGCCUGCCAAGACAGCCAACACAUUCUCUGCACCUGCCUAUGUGGGUCUUGGUAGGGUUGGGGUCCCUGACCCACUCAUGCACCCUCCUCACUCCCGCCUGGGCAACUCACCUUCUUUCCAGUCUUGAUCUUCCUGCCAGACAUCACCCUGGAAACACUUUAUCUCUGAUGCUGCCUAGUUUUAUUUAUGCUAAUCCCUUCCACAGCAUGGAUAUGGCUCUGCAUUCUGGUACCUGUGGGGAUUUUGAAGGAACUCAUGUCUGGUUCCUGUUCCCUUGAAUCCUCCACAGCAUGUAGAAAUGUGUGCUGCCCAGAGCCAGGCUCCAUCAGAGAAUCUACUGACUAGAAGCUCAUUCUGAAGAAUGUGUCAUAUUGCUUCUAAAGUCCUUUGAAUUUUUCUGCUAAUUCACAUUUUAGAAUGGAUAGGCAAUGAAGUCCUGCUGUACAGCACAGGGAACCAUAUCCAGUCUCCUGGGAUAGACCAUGAUGGAAAAUAUGAAUAUAUAUGUAUAUAUGCACACACACACACAUACAUACAUAUGGCAUAAAUGGCUGCAACAUUGUAAAUCAGCUAUACUUUAAUACUACUACUACUACUACUAAUAAUAAUAAAAUUUGAUUUGUGUGGAAU